AGAGAGAGGGAGAGGGAGAGGGAGAUAGAGAGAGAGCAGUCUUUACCAGCUCAUGUCUCUCCAACGGCAGAGACACACGGUGCUCGUUAAUAGGCUCCAGAUGCCUUUACAGAAAACGCACGUCUGCAGGCUGCGUGGACUUCCUCCUCUCUCCCGAAUCACACAGAUGUGAACCGAUCUCCCCGUCAUCGAAAGAAAAAAGAAGAUUAUGGGCUUGUAUCAAAUUUCCGAACACGUGGAAAGCUUAUUCGCGAGGCUGGCGGCUGCGCGCCCGUCCUCCCUGUGAUGGAGGAGCGCGUCGGCUGUGGCGGUGGUGGUCGCCGUGGUGCAUCGGUGGAAACGUGCGAGAGGCACAGAGGAGAUAAUCAAUGAAGACACCCGCGCGUUAUUUGGCCAAGGUCAGAGUCUAGCCUGGAUGAGAUUAUGUCCAUGUGGAGACGUUUACAAGGACGGACUUUUACGCUUCCUCUCGGGGGACGAGGUCGCCUGGGGAUGUCCCCUGAGUUUCUGUGUGUGUGUCGGAUUGCAGCGGCAGCGAAAAUCCAUCCAUCCGCAUGAUCAUGGUUGAGCUUUAAUUUAUUUUGACUCUCUCCCAGCUGGCACGGCUUCUUCUUCUUCUACUUCUCCUUCCUCUUCUUCUUCUUCUUCUUCUCCCCCCACCCUCAAGCCUGGAGAUAAAGUUUCUUCUCUCUGCUCGACGGAUGGAUGAUUUAUUCGGCCACUGAUUCCUUUAAUUGCGCGCAGUUGAACCCGGUUGAGGUGAUUUAGAGGCUGCAGGUUAAAAGGUGGGAGGAGGAGGAGGGGGAGGAGGAGGAGGAAGGGGAGGGAGGGCAGCGCUGGGUUGAAUUCCAUCAGAGCCAGCCAAACGAGAAAGAAAAACACACACACACACACACGGCGGCGUCCAGCUGUGCUUUUUUUUUUUUUUUUUUUAAUUUUCCUGGACGGUCACAUCUGUCGUUGUUGUUGUUGUUGUCGUCGUCGUCGCUGUCCAUGGUGCUGAACUCGUGCUCCAGGAAUGGUGGAGACGCUGAGUAUCGCGGUCAUCGGUGCUCCCGGAGUGGGGAAAACUUCUAUAAUCCGCCAGUUCAUCUAUAACGAUUUCUCGGAGGUGUACACGCCGACCAGGACCAGAUAUGUGUACAGACCCUCCGUCAUACUGAACGGGAACAUGUACGAGCUGAAGAUUUUGGACGUCCCGCCAAUCUCCUCUUUCCCAUCCAGCUCCAGCCAGGAGUGGCUGGAUCUGCGCUGCAGAGGCGUUCGCAAUGCCAACGCCUACAUCCUGGUGUAUGACAUCUGCUGCGUUGAGAGCUUUGAAUACGUCAAGAUGAUCAGACAGCAGAUAGUGGAGCACAGGGAAGGCAGCAGCAGUGAGGUGCCAAUCCUGGUGGUGGGCAACAAGAGGGACCUGCAGCGGCAGCGUUUCAUGCCUCGCAGGGCAGUGUCGGUCCUGGUGAAGAAGACCUGGAAGUGUGGCUACGUGGAGUGCUCUGCCAAGUUCAACUGGCACGUGGUCCUGCUCUUCAAAGAGCUGCUGGGCAUUGCCGUGGCGCGUGGCAUGCGCCAGAACCACACCUCCAUCCGUCUGCAGGGGGCACUACAGAGGAAUCGCUGCACCAUCAUGUGACCCUGAGUGCUCCCUCCACCCCUCUCGACCCCGAGAGGUGGAGGCCUGCGGCGGCGGUGGAGAAAAGGACUUUUUGAUCUAAAUGGCUGGAAAAAAAAAAUACCCCGUGGCCUCCUGCUUUACUGAGCUGAUUUUUCAUAAUGAGGUUUAUUAGACUCGUGCGCUGUAAAAGAACAUUCAAAUUUCACACAUGGUCAUCCAACCACUUCCUAGUCAAAAUUCUGCCAAAUGUGUAGAUGCAAGGAAGGAGGUGUGAGAGGGAGCGGGUGAAAACCAACAGGAUUAGCACAGCACAGUUAUUUUUCUCACGUCAAACAGUCAGUUAGACAUUUGAGGCCGAGCUUCCCAGAAUUACAGCAGGUCUUAUUGAGGAUUGUUUUGUGGCUGUAGCUGGGCCUGCAAGGAUGAAAGCUGUUAUAUGAAACUCAAAAUGGAGAGGCAGCAAUAUCAUCCAGUCUUCCUUUGAAUUUGUCAUAUUCAGUAAGGUCAACAGCAGAUGCUCAUAUCUGGAUUCGUUUGAGGCUAAUGGUCGAUAAGAUAGGACGGAUAAAGAGCAACAAAAUAUUAAUUUCGGGGGAGAUUAUCUGGGAACAUACAGAUUAGAUUGUGUGUUAAUUUUAGAUUGUGAGAAGUAGCCCACGUUUUUUUUUUUUUUUCUUCCCCUGCCCCUGUUACAAACUUGGCCUAGGGUGAAAGCUGUUUGUUCCAAUGAAGGGUGUUUUAAGGUUGUCCUGCAGCAGAAAAAUACUGCAGUCCCUUAUCAUGAUGUACUGUAGGACUUUAAUCUGCUCCCUCCCCUCAGUCAGUGUCUGUGUUUCUGAUGAAUACAUUAAAUCCAGGGAACUGGAGACCUGCAGGAGGCUGCGGAGCCUGAAACAAGAACGUGUACACUCAGUGUGUGUGUGUAUGUGUGUGUGUGUGUGUGUGUGUGUGUGAGGGAGAGGGAGACAGAGAGAGGCAGGUUUGAUAGCUGACAUUCAGGCAAGCAAAGGACAGACACAGCAAGAUAAGAGACAGAUGUUGAAGCUUUGGAUUAGGGAAGGAGCAAUAAAAUCCCAUAGGGACGUCCUGACUGACUAUAUGUACCUGUACCACCAUGUUAUAUUACAAAUGCCUCACACACAGUAGAUGUAAUCCACUUGUGCACAGAUAUCCUGCAGAAAUAAGGAAGCAGAGCUCAAUGACUUCCGUAAAACACCCCAUGAGUAUAUAACAGACACACAGGGAACCUUAAUAAAGCUUUCAUAUCAAUAUCUAAAUAGUAUCUAAUUGGUAAUGUUGUGAGAUUAACAGUUGCUUUUUCAUUUGAUUAGACCUAGCUAGGUACUUUGUGAAUAUUGGCUGCACUGAAAGUAAGCAGACCUAUUGUACAUAGGAGUGAUUCAUAGAGUAAUUGACAUGCAUGCUUUUGUUGGUAGAGCCAACGGGUCAGGGUUUAAUUGCACUGAUGUGAAAAUGUGAUAUUGUGGUUUUUUUUUUUUGUAAUACAUGGUUUUACUGACACUGUAAUGAGCAGCUGAGUGGAGUGAAUGUGGUCGUUUUUCACUGGCAUGUGAGAGCACAAGCUCAUGAUUCUCUCUGAGACGUAGUGUUGAACCCUUCAAUCAGGGCAGAUGGCUGUAUUGGUUUCAUUUGUUUUUCUAGUUAAAAAAAAAAGAAAUAUGUAGCAGAGAUACACUAGAAAGCAACUGUGUGUAGCAUGAGUUCUCAUUGGUUUGUUUGUGUGCGCGUUUCCAAAUAAAAAGGGCUACAGUUUUAUAUCAGAAACAUUACUUGUAUUUAUUUUUACUGUGUUAGUACUGUGAGUAUUUUUCUUUUUUUUUUUUUUUGGACACAUGAUGAAUUAUUAAAUGCAUUUGAGAACAGCAACCCUUCUUUGGUCACUUUUUCAAUGCUGUGCAGCUAUUAAGCCACAUUAAGAUCAUUUUGACAACAUUGCCACCUUGUGGUAAAGCAAUGUUAUCAGGAGGCAAAUCAGAGGCAGACAAUGGAUUAGGCAUCAUGUUUGAACCUCAUCCAGUAAUUGGGUUUUUGUUUAAAAUGCAGAUUUCAAUGUAUGCAACAAAACUAAGAAGUUGUCUGGUGAUCAUCAGUAAUGUAAUAACUGACCUCCAUUCAUUUAAGUUGACUGUUGGAUACUGACAAUCAUCAAUACAUAAACUAAUUACAGAUUGAUGUAAUCAUGUCAAAACAUGACGGUUCUUUGGGUCAUCUCCUCCCACUUGUGUGUAAAAUGGCUGCAUUAAACUGUUCUGGAUCA